CCCUUCGGUGGCAGAAUCCAGAGAGAGAAAAGGGGAUUAAGGGAGAUCGUCGUCGGGCCCGGGGCCAAGUGGAGAGAGAAUCUCUCUCCUUGAAGAAGAAGAAGAAGUACCUUACUUUGAGAUCUCUCAGCCUUUGAAUCUCUCUAUUUCGCAACAUUAAGGUGAUCGCAACUCUAUCAGAUUUACAGUAUGUCCUCAAUCUAAAGUGACAAAGUUCUCUGUUAUGUCUUUCAGAUUUACAGUCAAACUGGAUUAUCAAGAGUAGAAAAAGAAUAAAGAUGGAACAUGAUAAGACUGGAUUUGAGGCUUCACCUGAAGGUCCCAUUUUAUGCAUCAACAACUGUGGUUUCUUUGGAAGUGCAGCUACCAUGAACAUGUGUUCGAAAUGCCACAAAGAUAUGAUAUUGAAACAACAGGCUAAGCUAUUAGCUGCUUCUUCUAUUGAAAACAUUGUUAACGGAUCAACAAGCAGCAACAACAACUUAAAAGCUGUUGUUGAUGUUCAAGUGGAGGUUUCAAUUGAAUCUUCUUCUAAAGUCUUAUCUGUGAGUCAAGGCUCUGUGUCUUCUGCAGAGAUGGUGGCGGUUACGGAAGAAGCAAAGGGAAAGGGAGGGCCUAAACGAUGCUUUACAUGCAAGAAACGGGUGGGAUUGACUGGAUUCUUGUGUAGGUGCGAGAAUAUGUUCUGUGGGUCUCACCGAUAUUCUGAUAAGCAUGAGUGCCCGUUUGAUUAUGUUGUUGCCGGACAGGAUGCGAUUGCAAAGGCUAAUCCAGUUGUCAAGGCAGAUAAGCUGGAUAAGAUCUAAUGAUGAUGAUGAUGAUUGUUCUUGUUCUUUGUUCUUGUUCUGGUUUGUUUGGAGUUUGUUUGAGGGAAAAAGGAUGAAGAAUGGUUGGUUUGGUUUGGGAUGUUUUAAGUUUAGUUUUUUGCACAGAUUUUUAUGUGUUUAAUAUUUUGCAUGAAAGUUGUGGUUGGUGGUUUGUACUAGUUCUUGUGCUCAAACACUAAAUCAUGUGGAGAUUGGAGAGACCAUCAUCUAUAUAUAUAUAUGAAUGAAUCUUAUUCAAUUGUUCUUC